AUGGUGGUGGAAGUCACGGUGCAAGAAACUUCCCCGUUUGACGGCCAAAAACCCGGCACUUCGGGUCUAAGGAAAGCCGUCACGGUGUUCCAACAAAAACACUACACGGAGAAUUUUGUUCAGUGUAUUUUGGACUCGAUUCCAGAGGAAAAGAGAAAAGGAUGCACUCUUGUUGUGGGCGGAGAUGGAAGGUUCUUCAUGCGAGACGCCAUCCAGAUCAUCAGCAGAAUGGCUGCGGCGAACGGGGUAUGAUAUGUUUUUCAUUCUGAAGAGGCGAUCGAUGCGUUGAGAUAAAUUUAGCCACCGUGAGGCUGUUUUGAAAGUAAAUAACCGAAGCUCAAACCCAGUUCAAGCAGUUCAUAAACAACAGACCAAUAUAUCCGUGAGUGAUUCCACGGCCACGUAUUCAACAUUCUAAUAUCAGUACAGCUAUCUGUUGCUCUCCUUUCAUGACCCCUUAACUUGUGUCUAAAAACCUGUGAAGUUUUGCUUUGUUUUCUAGCUAUUAUUUCCCUUGGCUCUAUUGUGUUGAGUUCUCAGUGCCUUCUUUGUAUUUUUUUUUAACGUCACUCGUGACUUUCGCAGGUUUUUACACCGAGGAUGAGCCUUCACUUGUUUAAAAUCAAAUUAAUAUGGAAUAAUUUAAGAGAAAAAUGAAGGCCUUUGAAUAUGGCCCUGUAUUCUUAGUUGCUCCAAAAGCCGAAAAAAACAAGGAAAUGUCAAAUCAUAGCAUUAAUUUAUUGAAAGUGCGUGUGUGAUAUGAUAUUUGACAUUAUAACAAGCUUAAUAUUGGCCGUCAACAAAACCCGUAUCGGAUGGCUUGGAUCGGAUUGGACUGCAGAUCGGAUCGGACUCUGGAUCAGAUCGAAUUGGACUGAUAUUUUCUCUUUUGGUGCCGAAGAAUUGUUUUGAGAAAAGCUGUUUUUAAUAAUGACACAGAUGGCUCUGAAUAAGAAAUCUGAGUUCUCACAACAGGAGUCUAACCUAUGCCUAGUCCAGACACAUUUGCGAGUGACUCGGCUAAAGCAGAUAGGUGUGAGAAGACUUGUUGUUAAUGAAAAUAAUGUAAAUGACAUUUGAAGAGGUCAUUCACUUGUUGACAAUAAAUCAUCGCUAUCGUACCUUACUCAUUCCCACUAUUUUCUUAAUCAUCUCCUCUGAGAGAUACUUACAUCUCCCUCCGCCAUCUUCGAUUGUCAGGUGACCAAGCCUCUCUUUGGAAUUGUAAUCGUAUGAAGUUAUGCAACAGAAAAUUUCCCAGUGCAGUUCAGUUGAAAAUAACUCUUUGCAAGGAUUUUCAAGCUGAUGGUGAAUUUCUGGUGAUAUAUGAGUUCUAAACGAUUUUUUUUUUAAAGUGACACAGGCAGCUUGGAAGAAAAAGUCAAACCGGUUACAAGUCCAAACAUGUCUUGACUAGUCAUAGGUUAGACUCCUGUUGUGAGAACUCAGAUUUCUUAUUUCGAGCCACUUGUAUCAUUAUUAAAACAGCUUUUCUCAAAAUAAUUCUUCUGCGCUAAAAACGAAAAUACCAUUCCAAUCUGAUCAGAUCCGGGUUUUGUUGAUGGCCCUUUAUAAUUAUGAAGGACGUGGUUUUAAAAGCAUAAUUCAUUGGUUACUGGAUAUUUGCCAUACAUGUACACAGACUUAACAAAUAACAGUUACAUACACAUCUAAAUUACAUCUCUGAUAUGAAAGGUAACUAAAAAAUAAACAAACAAAUUAUAAUACUAAUAAUAAUAUCCUUGAUUUCAAACCAAAAAAAAUGUCAGUUUAGUGACAAUUGCAACAGGUGUUAAAGUGGGCACAGCGUAGCCCAUAUUAGAGAUGUCAUUAAGGGCCCUACCUGUUACGGCUGAGCUCACAUGAUGUUACAUGUGAUAAACGUGAACAUUUUAAGAUGACGGUGUCAAUUUUUUGUGAGAUGUUAUGGGUAGAUCUUCAUUUACUAUGGCUGCUUCAAAACUAUAAUGACAGCCCUGCAUAUACAUGUUAGUCAGAGAAAACAGCAGGGGGAGGGGGGAGGGGAGGCGGACAUUUCACGACUCUGCCACUGGUUUCCCCGCAAAAUGACAUGUGAGAAUCAAGCACAUAAAUUCCAUUGUGAUACGUGUAACUACCCAGAUUUGGCAAGUACUUCUGAUUGGUCAUGCUGUGUGGGAAAUUUGCUUUGAGGCGCUACCCAGAUCUGAAUAGUGACACAUCAUCAGUAUGGAAUAUCUGCGCUUGUUUCUUAGACGUCACAUCGCGGGGAAACCAGUGAUGGCAUUGCAAAGUGUUGAUUGAUGGUUUUCACAGGCUGUGCAUAUCAUGCCAUUGAUACCCGUAGUAUGUAAGUCGGGAGUUGACAUUUUAACACCAGCAGGCAAGACCUGCAAUUUAUAUUAUAAUUUAUGCACUUAUGGUAUUGGAUAUAUCAAUUUUCUUGGAAGGGGAGGGAUAGAGAUGAGGGUUGAAACUUGGAUAUGAAGGCAAUCGUCAUGUAGUUGAGAAUUACUGGUAUUGACACAGACACCUGUGUCAGACAGUCACUUGAGUUUGGCUUGUUAAAGCAAAAUGUUGACUUCAUUACCAUAUUUUAUAAACAAAGAGAAAUGGGCAAAUAUGUCUUCUAGAAUCUCAACUGGGUAUCAGGAGGUGUGUGUUCGUGUGUGCUGUGGGGGGACAGUCCAAUCAGAGAUUAUGACUAGCUGUGGUCAGUGACCAGUUAACAAAUACAUUCCCAAAAGACAAUGAUAAUCAAAAUAAUUUUCCAUACAAUAUAGGUGUUGACGGUGUUGCUUAAACUCUAAGCCACAGUCAAGGCUACUUUUGACCAUCCUUGAAAGAAUCCCAUUUUGAGCUUCCUCUUACUUGUCUCUUACAAAAGUCAACCUUGUAAGCAGCCAGCUUCAGUUGCAGAUGCUUUUCCUGCUUACUGAGGGUUUCUGCUUAAGAGAGUUUUGUUUAUAUUAAUACCAAGUAGGGAGAUACUUCAACUGUAUUUGAAGCGCUCUCUUCACCCUGUAGUAUGGUAUUGUCAUAACAUAACACAAAUCAAUAAGCCCUUUCUCUUCACCUUUUCAGGACAUACCGUAAAAUUCCAAAAAUAGGCCCCUCCAGGUAUAUGCCCCUCCAAAUAAUUAUAAGCCCCCCGAACCUGUAAAGCAAAAAAACCCUCCGUUAAAUUGCCCCUCUAAAUACAAGCUGCUGGGGGCUUGUGCUUGGAAAAUUGCCUUCAAAUACAAAGAAAAACAAAACAAAAACGGUAAAUUUACUUCCAACUAUAAGGCUAGCCCAAUUGAUCUUGAAACACGAAUUUCCCUCCCUAGAUAAGCCCGUCCAAAUAUAUAAGCCCCUCCAAAAAUAAGCCCCGGGGCUUAUUUUCGGAAUUUUAUGGUAAGUAGACAUACAUGUAAUUAUGUGCAGCAUUUCUUCCUAUCCUAGUUUAAAAAUAAUUAGAUUAAUAAAUAAAUCAGAGCAACUGUCGUUUUCAACAACUUUGCCAGCUGGGUAAAAGAAAAGUCAUAAGAAGUCAAGUGAUGGUCAAUAAUUGGACAGUGUUCAAUACUUUGUUGUCAUUCUACCAGAUGAUUUUUCAGAGUAACUUGGGCAUUAUUUUUUGUUAUUGUUGUUGUUUUAUGGAAUUGUUUUGUUUCUGUUUUGGUGAAAGGUUGGUGAACUUGUGAUUGGACAUAAUGGUAUCUUUUCUACUCCAGCUGUGUCUUGUAUUAUCCGAAAGAUCAAGGCCAGAGGUUGGUUGAGUAUCCACACAGUUUCCAUUAAUUUUUGUUGAAUACAAUAAUAUAUCAAGUUACAAAAUUAUAGUAUAUUGUGAAAGUCAAAAAUAUGAAUUGUUGCUACAUUAUCACUAGGGCUGUCACUAAAGGCUGGUGGCCAGCUACUUCCCCUUGUUGAUCUGAGCAGACCCCUGGCUUUUGAAAUAAAACAAAAAGAAAAAUAGAACCAAAGUUCUUCUUUGCUUUUCAAUUUCGCUUACUAAUAAGUAUAUGCAAUUAUAGCAUAUACUCAGCAAUGAGGAUCUCUAAGUUAGCGACAACUAUGCUCUGGCAGUGAUGAAGGUAGUGGAUGGGCCUAAGGUAAAGCUGUUGUAAAUCUCUUAGUAAAUUAGAAAAAAAAAACAUAUUCAAAACUAGGCCUCAAAUAUCACAAGUUCUGGCUAUCCUCACCCCUUCCACACAUUUGCUCAAGGCCUGAAACUUAAACUAUUAGCACUGGGGGCUGUCAUGCACAAAUACCCUCCACUCUUUGUGAAACCUGUGUACAACCAAAUGUUUAAAUUCCAGCACAUCUGUGGUUCCACAGGGGAACCAGUUGCGCAUUAUGUAAAUCGUUUUAGUAAAGAUAGUAUAGUCCUGUUUAUUCCUUUUUUCACUCAUACAGACACCAGGCAUCUGGUUGCUGCCUCGCCCUCCUUCCUGCAGCGAUUGCUUACAUAAUUAUGUACUUUUGCACCUGAGCUCCUGCUCCUUUCUGCCUCUGAGCUUGCCUCUUCCCAUGGCUUCUCUCAACCUGGGGCGCCUGGGAGUGGAGGCUCCAGGUGUGAAUUGACAAUUUUGUUAAGUACUGAUCCCCUAUGAAAUAUUUUGUUUGUGCAGGUGGUAUCCUGUUGACUGCAAGUCACAACCCAGGGGGGCCAGAAGGGGACUUUGGGAUCAAGUACAACACAGAAAAUGGAGGUACAGUCGGUGUACCGUACUUUGUGUACUCUUGUAUACUGUAAUUUUUUAAUGCUAUGACUCUGUGAUAACAGAUCAAGUAAAAACUUUUCAUGCCAAAUGUUUUCUAAAACAAGGUUACUUGAAGAAUAAAAACCUUUGUAAAAAGCCAACAAUUCGUGACGCCAUCACUGGUUUUCUCGCGAAAUGAAAUCUGAGGAUCUGCAGAAAUUCUAUGCUGAUGACGUAUCAAUACCCAGAUCUGGGUACUGGGUAGUGCUUUUGUUUAGUUGAAGAAAAUUACCUACACUGUGCGUGCAAUCAAAAGCACUAAUUAGAUCUGGGUAGUUUCACGUCAGCAGUACGGAAUUUGUGCAGUCGCUGCUCUUAUUUCGCGAAUGGAAACCAAACCAGAUGCAUCGCGAAAUAUCGGCUGUUUUCUCCGUUUAAGGAAUUAAUUAUUGAUUAUUUUGCUUGUUUGAUAGGUCCAGCGCCUGAAGCUGUUACUAAUGAGAUUUUUGCACGAACUGGAAAAAUAACAUCAUACAAAUUGUGCAAGGAAAUCACGGUUGAUCUUGAUACUAUUGGAAGUAACAGCUGGGAGGUAGAAGGUCAUACGUUCACUGUAACUGUGCGAGAUUCAGUCGAAGAUUACACUCAAUUGAUGAAGGAAAUAUUUGACUUCGAUUUGUUAAAGAAGUUGAUUUCUGGAGAUAGUGACCAACAACCUUUUAAGUUUGUUGCGAAUGCUAUGAAUGGAGGUGGGGUUGUAUUUAUUUAAUAGAGAGCUUUAGAUUCUGAGACAAGGACGACUAUGAGUACGAGAUUUUCUGAGUAUUAAGUUGUGCUCUUGCGUGAAUCAACGACAUUUUGGCGGGAAAACGCGAUAGACGUCGUCAUUCUACUACGAGUUUAGGCGAGAAUGUCGUAGUGGCGGGAACAAGUUAACAAAUGUAAGAAGUUUUAUCAUUUUGCUACCGGGAGAGGGCUUAACCUCGUUCAGUAUAUAUUACUGUACUAACUUUUUUGGUGAAAAAAAAAAUUAAAUUGAAGCUUUCUGGGGUGUCUUUUUUUCUAGAACAUGCGCAAAGCCAAGUUAAAUCUCGUACUCGUACUCGUUCUCGUCCUCAAAUCUAAAGCUCUCCAAUUGUGAACGAGAGACAACGUUUUUUUCUCCGCUAACUGUAACAUUUCAGUUUGUUUAAAGACAGUAUUAGUAACUAUGGAUCCUUGGAAACUUACAGAAGUGUAUUAUUGUAGGGAGGCAAACACGUUACAUGACAUACCUAUAAGGCUUGGUUCACACGGCCCACACGAAUUUUUUCGGUUUGUCGAAAAUUCGUGCGUUUACAUGUAGGUGUCUUGUUCACACGCAACCCUCCCAACCGUACGAAAAUAUAGACGACUAACCGUUCAAAAAUUUAACGUCAAAAUCGAGGUCAAACUUUUAGCCGCUACGGUCAACAAUUUGACUGGUGCAGUGUUAAAACCAUGACCGUCCACACUUUUGAACGGCAAAGGCGUGAUCGCAUAGAUGUGUGGUUACUCAACUGGAAGACGCCAUUUUGGAUUUGCCAAAGUGGCGCUAGGCGCAUGGGUAGAUGGAAAACCACUGACUAAAGUUAAAAUUUAAUCUUGUUCGUCAGUUCCGUGAACUUAGCAAAUUUAAAACAUUGGACGGUUCCAAUUGAACGAAGUGUCCGGUCAAAUUUUUCAGCCGGCCAAAAUGUUGGUUAACCUGCGAUCAAGCUCUCCAUUUGGGGCAUUCGCGAGAAGUCACGCAUGACCGUCACGCGGAAGGAGAGACGAGAGCGAGAGGCAAGGAUAUCCCCUCGCGGCUUUGCUGCUCGCUCGUGCGUUCUGCCUGUUUCUCUAGCUUCGCUAGACAGGAAUCAGAUGAAAGAGAGUAUGCGAUGCUUGCGGGCCAAAAAUUCGUCUGAUGCCUUGUGAGCGUCAGCCUAAGGAAAAACGAAUCAGUUACCAAGGGAUAAGAAUGGCCCAUGGAUUUUUAUAGGCUACCUUUGUUAUAAUUAUUGCAGUGACUGGUCCAUACCUGAAAAGAAUCUUAUGUCAGGAGUUAGGAGCACCGGACAGUGCCACUUUAAAAUGUGAACCAAAAGAAGACUUUGGAGGUAUGAAAAUAGCUUGCUUUGUAAUGUGUCAUUAUUGUCAGUUUUUUAAUGCUUUUUGUACGCAUAACCAGCAAUAUAUCAAGAAAGAAGCACGGCUGCAAAACCAUAAUUGGGCCAGUUAUGUAAACGGUGUUAAGCCAGUGUUUAACAAAACCGCGCUCUAAGCCAUUUUCCUCUGUUUGCCGAACGCUCUUAUGUAAACACCAUUGUGAACAUUUCGAUGAAAGCAUAUGGCGUAGACUAGAAAAAGCAUUUGUCUUCUUAAAAUAAUUUGUCUUCUUUAAAAUAACCCGCUGAUACAAAUGAUGAAGAGAUCUGGUGGUGCUUAAAAAGUUAUUUCAAAGAUGAGCUUGACCGUUUUUAUCGACUUUAUAUAUAUAUAUUGUUAAUCGCUUUAAACCGCGGUCUAAAGAGUCCCAUUUUAACUCUAAAAAGGUUAGACUUCGUUUAAACAACCAAUUCGGUAAAACAGAAAUAUAAACAAUGCAAAUCUUGGUGGCAAGAAAAAAAGAAAUAAGCGACGGAUAUAUAGCCUACUUGUUAACGCAAGAGACGUGUGCCAUUUAACAUAACAGUUCAAGUCGAGAUGGAAAAAAGGAAGACAGGAAAGAAGCGGUGACUGAGGUUUCAAUGAAGUUAUGUUUGGUUUUUGUUUGCCAAGACGUUAUUUUGUGGUCUUUAUCGAUGAAGGAAAUCAAUUAGAACUAUUUUUUCAGUAUAAAUGCAGGAGCGAGCGAGUGGAGUACGCUCAAAAUUUCAACUUGUUACUCGGCAGGCUCCGGGUAAGCCGGCCACAUAUUAUUUCAGCGAGUAAUUUUCUUAUUUCUUAUCUUUGGCUGUUAAGAGUUUUAACUUCAUGUUCCAUAAUAUUUUAAAAGUGAAGAAUACAUAAAUAAAAUGAUGGUCUUCUAAAACGGAUCCAGACUCGAAUUUAAUGAUUCGAAACAGAAGCUUGCCGUGUUCAGUCCUGACACAAACAUUACCUUAAACGUUUAACCUAGUAAAAUGAUGAAGAGAUGAGUUUAAGGAUGAGACUAAGAGGCCCAGACCCAUAUUUAAGAGUCCUGUUCCCUUGCUGGUGUAGAAUGAAAUCUAGGUAAGUUUAUUAUUCUUCGAACUCUCCAGUAAGCUCGUGUGACAGGUUUUAUAGACGGUGGAAUGCUGCUUAUGAUUGGCAAAAAAACGUGUAUGCAUCCAAGAGACGCAUAAGGCGUAUGAUUUGUGCAUACUGUAAGAAAUGUAUACGUCUGAGACGCGGGACGCGCAGGUAAUGGAUGAAACCUGCUGAAUCGGUCGUAUUGGGGAUUACGUUUGAAAAUUGGGUGAUUUUUAAGCAACUUAACGUUUCCAGCAAAAUAUGCGUUUUUGGUUUUAGCUCGCAACCCUUUAAUUAAAAACGUUUUUUUUCUGUUUAAGCUUAACGGUAUAAGAUUGAACUACAACUAUACAUACAUAUUUAUAUUUCGUAGCUAAAAUCUUUUUGUUUGGUUAAACCAGUAUUCAACCUAUUAGGGUUAGCUUUUUGCCUUGGUAAUUGUCUAACACUGGUAACCUUAUUUGACUACUGGAUUAAAUACUCGGGAAUGGAUUGUACCUUAAACGUGUAUAUGCCUGAGUCAUCGGAUAGUUCUUGCUUUGGCUCGAAAACCAUACCAGAUCUGGUACUUUUUUGUUUACAUUAUGCAAAUGCGCGAUUUCUGUAAUGAAGUAAAUCUGGACCGCGCCAUUCUCGAAAGUAGAGCGUCGCACAUCGAAUAGGUUCUGCGUCACACUACGGUAAAGUGUGAACAGGUGUUCGGACGGAGAAGGAGGUGAGUAGGAACGUGGACUGGAACCCACUCACUGAGAUGGAGGUAAAAGUCCAGGAGACAGGCACUAAAUCCUGCAGCAAUAAGGCAAUGUGUGUGAGCGACUUGUUCCAGUGCCAGGCUGUUUCUGAUUAUACUUUACGAGAUAGCGUUUCGUGUCGACACAAACGUUAUUCGGUAUAGUGUAGAAAUAGCCUUAACCUUUUCACUACCAGAGUGAAAGUUGAAGUCCCUUAAGGUAAUUCUAACUUUUGAGUCUGUGGACAAAAUCCUAUGAUGUGACCACUCAAAUGAAACCUGUUCAGCAGUACUUUCACAAGGUACUAUUUAUUGAGUAUGUAGUUGUAACUUUUGAGUCUGUGGACGGACAAAAUCCUACGAUUUGACCAUUCAGAUGAAACCUUUCUACCUGUACUUUCAAAUGGUGCUAUUUAUUUUCAAAGUUUUACAAAACGAAAUUUGGGAAUUUAUUUCGAACUCUGCCCUUGACCACACUUGGCAAUAAAAGGGGUAACCUCUUCGUAAAAGAAUGUUUAUUGAUGGGUAUCAAAUGCAUGUAUUAUGGUCACUUUUCUCUUAAAGGUGACCAUCCAGAUCCCAAUCAGACUUAUGCUGCUGAUCUUCUCGAAUUGCUUAAAGAAGGUGUCCAUCAGAUUGGGGCUGCCUUUGAUGGAGAUGGGGUAAGACAUGUCUAUCUUUUUCAUUUGAGGCUUUAAUCUCGGUAUCCCAACAGAGACAACUACAGUUUCUUAAAGUGUAUUAUUUAUAUGACGCGACUUUUUUUCCUGAUUACGGUCCUUAGAUGAAUUUCAUUUAAAAUUUGGAAGGCCCGGCUCCUCGAAAGAUGGUUGAGUGUAACUCAGGAUUAAGCCAAAUUUUAAGCAAGGUUUCCUUGUCUAAGAACAUGCAACUCGAGCGUACAAAAUACUGUUGAGCCAUUAUUCCAAAAUACAGUAAAGAUAAUACACAAUGUUACUCUAAGCAAUACAUAGGAAAGUUAAAUACUACAUAAACACACUUUUUAUCCUGGAUUAGCGCUAAUCGCCCUUUCAAGAACGGGCCCUGAACUUUAAUGUACCAGAGACCUGGAAUGAGUUAGGGAUCAAAGAAAAGCUGAUGACAUCAUGGGACGUCAAUUUGCUCAGACUUUGCUUCCGAUUCUGGUCAUUGCUUUGUGUUUUAUGGAAUGAAGCGAUCAAGCUGAUUGUAACGAAUAUAUAGCGAAGUGAAUGAUGAUUCUGAAGAUAGUUCGGGAGUUUCCUUCUUACUGCCAUCAAAUCAUUCUAAGUCAUACUUGUCAAUUUGGCUGCGCGAUAAUCCAGACAUUUCUGGAGGCAAACUUGCGUCUUUUGAAGGGGAAGAAAAUAGUCUCCGCAAGAUUUUUUGGCUACCUUUAAUUUCAGAUGCACAUUUUUCACAUUUUUUAAGAAUAAAAAACGACAAAUAAAUCGUGUCGAAUAAACUUUAAAUAUUUGUGUCUAAUUCUGUUGCAGGAUCGUAACAUGAUUCUUGGGCAAAAUGCUUUCUUUGUAACUCCAUCAGAUUCUGUUGCUGUCAUCGCAGAUAACGCAAUGUGCAUUCCAUACUUUGCUAAGACUGGAUUGAAAGGUGUCGCCCGUAGCAUGCCUACUAGUGCAGCUAUUGACAGAGUAGGACAGAAAAUGAGAAUUGAGUGUUUUGAAGUCCCCACCGGUAAGAAAUGGAUUAUUUACUCGAACUGGAUCUUAAAUGAAGACUAGUGCUGUACUGUUAGCUAGCAACGUCGAAUGAAAACACCAAAGCUGGCACAAAAGGACUUAACUCGACUUCCAGUGCUAAAUUUGCCGUUCAGCCAUUGGGCCAGUAGGAUUUUUAAAUGGGCAUGCGCCGCCGUCACUGUCGGCCCGUUCUCUUUGCCAUUCGUACCGUCUUAAAAGGGCCUUGAAUGUUACUUAAAGCCUUUGGAAAGCUCUUGAAUUUUUUAUUAAGUCUUUUUUUAAAAAAAACUUGAAAUUUCAGGUAUUUCAUUUCCAUUUUUGCCUUAUUUCUUUUUUGGAGAGCCGUAGUAAGCAUGCAACUUCCCAUCGGUGAACGUUGAUGCCUCAUCAAAAGUCACACAUAUUGAACAAAUGUUACUUUAUUUCAGCCAAUUUUGGCCUUGUCUUAACUUUAAUAAAAGGUAUGGGGUACCCACCAUGGCUUUGCCGUGCGACAGGGGUGUUAUUUUUGCUUUCACUUGUAAUUAUGCAGCCUAAGCCUUUAAUAUUUGAUUUGCACAUUAUAGGUUGGAAAUUCUUUGGGAAUUUGAUGGAUGCUGAACGCAUUUCUCUUUGUGGCGAGGAAAGUUUUGGAACCGGAUCAGACCACAUCCGAGAAAAGGAUGGUGUCUGGGCAUUCCUUGGUAAGAGUAACGUUUAUCUUGUCUAUAGUGUGGUUGAAUUUUUUCCGUGCUUUAAACUGUAUUUUCACUUAUUUCAAACUCAUGAUCAUCCAUCAACAUACCCAGAAAAAAGUAAAAUUGAAACCAUGGACAAAAAUAAUUAAACCACAACAUCUAUUUACAUGUAUUCGUUCAGUUCAAGAAAUGUCUGUUCUCCAUGGACUUUGGAGAGAAGUCAUGAGCCAUGAAAAUAGUGCGUUAUAGGUCAGUAAUUUCGCUAGGAUUUGGAUACAACGUGCAUAAAAUUGAUUGAUAGACUGGCGCUAAUGAACAGGGCAAGUUUCUACAUCCUGAUUAUACCCACUGGAAUCGUGUUCGUUACAAGCAAGUUAAGGUAUCCCAACUCAAUCUUUUCUGUACAGUUCUUGAUCUGAAAUUUAUAUCUUACACUGUGUACUUGUACAAAAAUCUUCAUAGAAAAACACCUUGUUGUAUGAUGUUGUAUGUUGCUAGACGACCGUUGGAUUAGAUCUGAAUGAAUUCGGGUGCAAUGGACUAAGUUGUAACGCUAUGGGCACUAAUUCAAGAAUGUUAUACUCGCAACUUUCUUUGCUUGCGUGACAUUUUUAUAAGCAAAGGUAAGGUUCUUCAAUUGCUUUAUUAGAAGAGGAAAAUACUGAAUUUAGCCGAUGAUCCUUUUCGAUCUAAAUUUUUCAUGCAACACUUUUAUAGGCGGGUUUUGUUUAGUUACACACCUCAUUCAGUAAUGCCCAGCGUCAUGCGUUCACCUUAUUUUUUGCACCCAUUAAUUUUGGAUGAUGUUAACUCCUUUUCAAAUUACCUUAAUGACUCUUUAUCAAACAAUAUGCAUAUUUGUUUUCCAGUUAAUGACUUUACGUCUUUGACGAUCUUAAGCAACGAGGAUGCUGUCGUCAUAAAUGGUAACCGGAAGUGUGUGUUUUCUCUUGAUGGAAUGCUUUCGUAUGACGAAACAAGUUUGAGAGCUUUUGUUUGUCCGAUUGCAAUAUGACUCUAUCGACUCAGACCAUUGAAAAAGAAAAAAGAUCAACUUCCGGUUGUGAUUUUUGAUGUAAGGGACGUCAACGUUUUUGUUGCUUAAACUCGGCAUAUGACUCGACAAUAUUGACGUUAAGUUAGAAUAGUGGAGUUAACCAGUGUGACGCGUAGGUGUGUUGAUCAGUUACUAAAUGAAACUUCAGCCGGGUUUGCUACGGAAUUAUCGAAGUUUUUCAAUCAACGAUUUCAUUCUUCAAUUCCGAGUAAAACAAACUGUACAUGUGUAUAAGGAUUCUUCCAACAGUAUAGGCCUUACGUAGUAUGUAAAGCCACGCACUGCACGUUUCCUUGAGAUGCUCUGCCAGACGCUUCGGUUUUGAAUCCCGUAACCAUCACUGCCAGCUGAUCUCUUCUAUCACCUCAAUUUUCACCAGUUGUUUGACAUUUUCUAUUUGUUAUUUAUUUGUCUUAUUUAUUAUUUAUUAUUAUUAUUAUUAUUUAUUUUUUAUAUAUAUAAUUGUAAAAGGUGAACGUGCUGAAAGGUUCGAAUACUAUUCUUGCCCCCUGCUAUUAGGUCAAAGUCAGGACUCAUGUUUAGUUGUAACAAAACGAAUUUUGAAAACUCAAGGUUUCUUCCCCAUAGGUGCUCUUUGUUUUCUCUUUUCUUCAUUGCGCUUUCUGUUUAACAAACAAGAUAUAUCUUUACUGUCCUGGAAAUAUCAUUCUGUGACCUAGAAAUAGAAAAAAAGAAAAUUAUGGAGUGGUUCUGUGGUAAAUGUAUAUUUGAGGCUUUUAGAAGAAAUGCUGUUGCGUACUUUUUUUUUUUUCCUUGAAGACGCUGAUUUAUUUCCUUAUGAACCACUUAUAGUGUAAGCCUUUUAAAUUUUCAAUUUUAAUGCGACAUGCAUUAUUUUCAGCUUGGCUUUCCAUCAUAGUGAGUAGAAAGAUGUCUGUUCAGGACAUAAUGAAGGACUUCUGGAAGAAGUACGGCAGAAGCUUCUUCUUAAGGUACGGUAUCUCUCCGUUUAUUUUUGCUUCGAGAGAAUUGUGUCAAGGUAACAUUUUUUUUUUCAGCAUUUUAACAGACAACAGGCUCAUAACCUUUGUCUCACUGACAGACUCCAUAGUUCUGUUUUUGUUCUCCAAGCGAGACACCAAGUCGUUGACUUGUUCUUAAAGAGCUUUGAAUUAUGAGAUUCGUCGUAAGCGGGAAUGGCUUUAGUGGUAAGCGUUCGCGUGAGGCAGUGGGUGGACAGUUGAAGCGAUCAAGCGAAGAUAAACUAAUGUCAACCCGCCAAGGUAAGGAAUGCGGGUUCGUCAGAGUUGUGAAAGAAAUUUUACUGCUUAAAAGUUAUUUUUGCACCUGGAGCUCGCUUUGUUUUCUGUGAUAUUUUAUCUUCCUCUUCUCGUAUCAAGUCGCUUAAUAAGUUAAAGCUGAAUACGUUCCGCUCGAGCACUUUACCUAUUUAAAUAAACUGUUUUAAUUAAACUGGCAGUCAAGUUAUCACGUACCGCUCCAAUCCCAAAAAUUGACCAUACUCCGCCUCCAUAAUUUACUCACUCCAACAUUCAGCGGCAUAAAAGAAAGUAUUUUCAGGGAUUGGUGUCUUCAAUUUGUGCCUGUUCGUGUCAUGAGAAUUGUGCGGGAAACAUUAUGACGUUAUCGACUCAGACCAUUGAAAAAGAAGAAAGAUCAACUUCCGGUUGUGGUUUUUGAUGUAAGGGACGUCACCCGGCGUUUUCAUUGCCUGAAGUCGCCAUAUGACCCGACAAUAUUGACGUUAAUUUAGAAGAGCGGAGGUAACCAAAGUGUGACGCGUAGGGGUGAUUUGCUCACUCCAACAUUCAGGUGGUUAGCGGCAUAAAAUAAAUUAUUUUUAAGUAUUGGUGUCUUCAAUUUAUUCCUGUUAGUGUCAUAAGAAUUGUGCGGGGAAUAGCCCAGAGAAAGUGUUUAAUAAUAAGAUGUCAAAAGUUUAUUUCAUCAACCUUAACACUGGAUUAGAAAUCUUUUCUAAAUAUUUGAAUCAGAAUUGUCUUUGAACUGAACAAAAAACAACAAGCCGUUUUUAUUGUCUUCAGUGUUCCUCUUAUUAAACUGGCUUUAGCUCAAUCGACUCUCCCUUGCCUUGUAGAAACAACUAACCGUCAGGGUUCCAUAUAAAACUAACUUUGCUAAAGAAGAUGUGUCCUAUACAAAUAUUGAUUUUCAAUAAAUAUAAAUCUUAACCAGCAACCCGUCGUUUAUAUUCUGUUAAAAUGAAGAUGCUUUUCUAUUUAACCGAGCGCAAAGGCGAGUAAGUUACGUCACUGUUAAACUGAAACAAAAUUAAAGUCUGUUCAUAAAAUAUAAAAUCAGACACGGACAGUGUUUUUUUUCUCAAUAAAAAUGCCUCUUUUUAUGCUCCUCACUGGUUUUGUAAUGACAAACGUUUUGUUUCGUCCACCGUUAUGUACUUACAACUUUAUAUUGAUUGUAGCAGUUAUUCAGUUUCUGUCAUGUGAUGUCAUGUACAAAGAAACAGCUCUAUUUAUAGAAGGCAAUUAAACUUGGCAAUGUCAUUCCAUCUCAGUCUUGAGAGUGUGUAGUUUGGAAGUGAAAUUCAAAAUGGCGUCAGAGCUCUGCACUGACACUUUAGGUCACUUGUCGUCACUGAUUCAGUUUCACAGAACUUUUAUGCUGGCUUAUUGUAUUUUAUUGUUGCUAUUUUCUGUGGUGGCAGUUCUUGGAAAUGUUCUUGUUAUUCACGCCUUGUGGAAAGUAUCAUCUAUUCCGUCCAAUAUAAAGAAGCUGUUCUUGAGUCUCGCUUUCUCGGAUCUUGCGGUAGGAAUGUUGCCACAGCUUAUGCUGGGUGUAAACAUCGCAGUGAUGUUAUCUCAGACGUCGAAUGGUGACAGAAACUUGGCCUCGUUUUGCCCAGUAAUCGUUACUGCCUGCUAUUUUUUCAUUUUUCUUCUCUGCAGCGCAUCUUUUCUGACCAUUGGAGCUAUUGCAGUUGACAGACCUCUCGCUAUUUUGUUACAUCUGCGAUAUCGCGAACUCGUCACAUCAAAACGUGUCAAUAUGGCGUUGAUUAUGGUAUGGUUAACAAGUGGUUUUGCUGCCUCUAUAUCCAUUUUACUCACCGUAGGCAACAUGGUCAUCGCAACUGUUCAGUUUAUUUUGCUUCUAUUGACAACUGUGGCAUAUGUCCGUAUCUUUAAUGCUGUGAAAUACCAUAACAAUCAAAUACAAAGUCAACUUCAGCUGCAAAGCGUCCAAGUGGUUGAUCUCCUUCGACAGAAAAAGUCCGCCAUAAAUGCUUUGGUUGUUUAUGCAGUUUUCCUAGUUUGUUAUCUUCCAAUUUUCGUCGUUGCAAUAUUAUUGUUAACUUAUGGGGAACGAAUUUCCAUGCUAGUAGCCAAUUAUAUCUCGAUAUUUUUUGUGUUCCUUAAUUCUUCUUUAAAUCCUUUCGUUUACUAUUCGCGAUAUCGAGAAAUUCGUAUCAUUAUGAGAAACACAAUAAAAAAGUAACUUACCGUGUCGAUACAUAAACGAGACCGGAUCGUAGCGAAUGAUUUCAGUCAUUGUCUUUGAUAUAACUUUUACACUGGCAAAGAAGUGUUCUUAUUUAUUAACUGUAUUGCAGAGAAUCAUCGCGCCGUAGCAAGCUAUGAGGUGUGUGUGCGUGAUAAAAGAGAUACAUAUUACAAAUAUAUUACAAAUCUGAAUUAAAGCAACCCAGUUUUCCGUAUUUAUCUGUUUUUGCCUCAAAUUAUGCAUUUAAAUAGAUUUUAAUAAAUAUAUUUUUUAGUUUUUACCAUUUCUUUGUGGGCAAUAUUCGUUAUCUUGCCCUUAUAAAUAUCGUAAACUUUAAAAUGGCGGUAUUAAACUGUAUUCGAACUGCAGAUGAUCGCAGAUCGCUUGAAACAUUUCUUGCUUUUGGAGUUUGGUUUGUCUGCUAUUUUCCAGAUCAGCUGGGAACUUUUAAAUUAAAUAUAGUAAUUCACUACGGCCCAAUGACUAAAUCAUUUUCUAGCAUGUUUUGCAAUUAUGAUUUAUUUAACUGCUGAGUAGUUGUUUUAAAAGAAGCGGCAAAGUAGUGAGAUUUUGUUUUUAAAGUUUUAUCGCUUAAACACAGUAAGAGAUUCCCUGCAUUUUAAUUGCUAAAAGAGAAAACGUCCUGCUCAACGUAAACUGGUGUCCUUAAGUGUUAAGAAAAAACAAGUAAACAAACGAAAACAGAAGAAACAUGUAGAUUGCAAAUUUGCAUUGAUAAUGAUAUUGGAACUAAGUCUGUUCUUAUGAAAAUCACAAGUAUGACUUGAGUUUAAAACUGUACGACACGAAGUUCAUCCUGAUUUGGAAAUCGCCCAAUUAAGCUGCCUAAAUACAGGAUUUUAGUCAAUAUUUUAUUGAUCCAGUAACUGGUUUGUAAAAAAGUAUAUAUCAAAAAAAUGUGAACCGCUCACGGUUUUAUUUCUGUAUUUAUUUUGGUAUGCAACACAGAAAUAAUGCGUCUUAGGUUAAAAUGAUACUUCAGAAAUGGUUCGAUUUAGAACAGAAAUGGUCAGAUUCGUGAAUAAACAUCACGUUGCUGAGAGCGAACCAGUAUUUUCAAAAUGGUUUCCAUGAAAACAUUAAACGGUUACUAUUGGCCCUAUAUCCCUGUUCAAGGCAAAUGGAUUGUACGGUGCCUUUUUAUGUAUGCUUUUAAGCGGUCUUUUUGGAAUACGAAAGAAGAGGCAAUCUUGUUAGUGCCGUGAGACAUUUGAAAAAUUAUAUAUUUGGUUAUGUGUAUUCUAAUGCAAACUUUGAGUUGCUUUUGUGUUAUUAGCGUGGGAAGGGUAAUAUUGUAUGUGCUGUUACCCUUAAGUUUUUGCUCGUUAAGUGUGUGAUAUAAUUGUCGUUUCCUGUUACGUUAUUUUUGCUUUACCUCCUACCACUUGCAGACCGGUUUCUUGACUUUGUUAUUGUUACAUGGCGAAAAGAGCUAUAUUAUUAACUGUCGCUCAAUAUUAGUAAUUUGCGUUGAGGUUAAGGCUUUGAAAGAAUAGCGCACUUCCACUUUGAAGCUCAUUUUGUUCGGAAACAACCAGAUAUGAAAGAAUAAAUCAGGUUUUCCCUCUGUACUACUUGCAAACACUACAGUCUUAACUGGAGCUGAUGGACACUAGACAGCUGGGCCAAUAGUAUGGACCAUAAAAGCGUUCAACUGGUGUUGUUUUUCUGGAUCUCAAGCAGGUGUUUGACAGAAUCGACCUUACAUGAUAAAUAUUAAUUUCAAAAUUAUUUCACGAUGGAAUACAUAGGAAAGCUUACAAAUGGUUACCCUGAGAACGGACGUCUGGAGUCAGGAUAACAAAUGGCUCAAGCCUCUUUUUGGCGGACGAUUCUUACAGGGGCCUGCCCAAACUGUGUAACCAUGCAUUUGCCACAGUUGCAAAUGUAUACGAAAUAUAUCGAGAAACCGAUAAGUUAGCUCUAUUUUGAAGUAUAGUGAAACCUCUACAGAAGUAACCGGCCAACUCUCAACAACAGCCGUCUGACUACAAAUGACCACCGUCCGGACAGUAAAUUUUACUGUCCAGACGGAUGGUCCGUAAACAGUAGAAUCCCUCUCUACAGACACCCGUAUUACGGACAAUUCCGUUUCUCCCAACAUACGGACACCGGACAACACGGACAUUUUUCUUGGUCACUUGCAUAUCUCCCAAGAUGUCGUCAACCGCGCUCUACUGACGCUGUAUAUCUGCAUAGUGUCUAUGACUGAAUAUCUUACCAGUGAAAACCUGAGUAACGAAAACGGUGUAUGACCCUUCAGAGCACGGACGUAGCUGGGGGGCGGGGAGCCUGGCUUGCCCGUGAACCCCCCACCACCCCCGCCCACCCUUGUGGAUUCUUUGUACAUUACAUGUUACUUUGCCGGAGUGUGAAAGGUCAUUUAGCACGUUAAAAGAGAGUAAUUUUUUUACGCGUGGAACUUAAUUCAUCUAUGUUGUUGCAGUUAUGUUGUAGGCUUGUCCCUCCCCCACGCUCGCUGCUAAUCCGAAAAGAAAAGUCACUUUUGGUAACACACGGCGUGGAUGUGGACUUGCCAAUCUGAUAAGUACUUUGGGUGUGACACAGUGUUACCCUGCCCCCCGUGAAAAAUCCUAGCUACGCCCCUGUAGUGGUUCUCUCCAGAAUACAGGCCACCUGUCUGAGUCGCAAACUAACACCGUCAUUACGUAGUUAAGUCGCAUGUUCCACUGUCGUGUUGUAAGAACGGCAUUGAUCAACAUUUAGGAUGAAUUCGAUCGCUGCAUUUGCAUGUGACCGUCUCGUUCGCCAGUUGAAGUUUUCUUUUAUUGUUUUUCACCGUCACUGCGCAAGCACGACGUGAAAGACCAAAUUUUAAGUUCUCUUGGGAACGUGAACGGCAGGUUGAUAAAUUUUGCUGAAUCUUUCUGAGCUAUGAAACAGUCAACUCGUUGACGAUUCGGUCUUCAACUCUGUUGCAUCUCACCUCUUCAUGAUCUGCAAAAUCUGGCGAUUAAGCUUAUACUUCAUCCGACUCAUAAACAGGCCUUUGCUGGGCCGGAGAGUACCAGGGUGGAACUUCAUCUAUGAGUCCCAGGUCAUACAGCAUCUCGUAGAAAAGUACCUUAAAGCAGAGUCAUGUCGGGAAAGGUACUUGCUCUGUGCCAGCGCACCGCUCCCAGAUAAGAUGUGAGCCAGUGGCCUUACCACACAUUCUGCACAACGUCUCGUGGUGCGAACACUGACUUGCAUUUAAUCGAGUUGCUAAUAGUUGUUCCUACAGCUGAAACAUUCCGGUGAUUGUGUGUGUUGCAGAACAUGCACAUGCACUACCGCUCACUUUCUCGUCCUGUAGCGUAGCUGUAACGAGACUUCCUUGCCAUCGCUGAUUUCUAACUUCUUCUUCUAGCCUCUCUACUUGACAAUUUCGCAGUUCCGUCUUGACCGUACGGAAAUGCUCGAUAUUAAGUUCGAUACCAAGCUCCCCCGCGAACCUAAAGGCAUCUUUAACCGUAGACCUCUGUCCCAUUUGCUCACCCUGCUCUUCAAAGUCCCGCACGUUUGUAUGGCCGGGUCUUCAUUACAAUGAAGUCUAACCGCACCCUUAAUCUUCGUGGCUUUAUAUUCCAUCUUUACGGACCGUAAUCCUCUGCUUCCUUUCUCUCGUGGUAGGUAAAUAUCGCAUUGGAGCCACAGGGGUACCUUCCCCCGUUCUCAAUAAAACUCUUCUGAGCUUUCUUAUCGAUCUCCCGUAUAUCUACUAUAUAUUGAUAACCUCAAGAUUUUCGCUGCACCUGAGAGUAAACUUAAUCGGGUCAUGAACAUGGUGGAAACGACUAUGGAAGAUGUGGAGCUACAGUGGAACCCCAGGAAGUCUGCAGUGGCUCAUGUGAGAAGGGGAGUGCAUGUGAGUGAUAACUCGGGGAUGAUAUUGGAUGGCACGGCCAGGAUAGGUCAGUAACCUUAAAACUGAUGGGUUUUGACAGUUUGUAUCCCUUGGUAGCACUGAUCUUCCAGACUAUUGGUUGUAAGCACACAGUAAACAGUCUCGGGUAUAGCGCAUCUCCUUUGGGCAACCCUUUAUUGAAUCUUAUCGGUUCGGAGCUUUCCCUCCCUUUCCUUGUGACAACCAUCACCCACGUGUUCCAACUCCUACAAAGUUUGGCAAUAACCCUACACAACCAGACCGGAAACCUGUGCAACAACAUUAUCCCAUUUAAAAGGCCGUGAUCCACUGAAUCAUACGCUUUCUUAACAUCAAUCCAUGCCAUUCAAAGAUUUUGAGACAAUCUUCGCAUUUUUGUUGAAUUCGCUCACCAACCACUACUUUGGUCAAUUUCUGGUCAGGCUCGUUUUUCCUAAUGACGACCGGAGCUUAUUAUUUUUCCUUUUGCUGUUUGAAACAAUGACUACUCAAGUCUGUAAGCAAAGUUUGACCCCUUCGGAACCUUUCAACGUUUAAAAUUUUCCAUUUUUUUUUUUUCGGCAAAUCAGCCGCAGUUUUCUGAUGUUUGUUUGUCUUCUUUGUGAGAGGUGACCCACAUUAGCCUCGCUUUCACACAAAAACAAGCACCCCUUCUAGGCCUCCCUGGAAUAAGAAACUUGCCUAUUCCCCCGCGUAGAGAAGUAUCGUUAUUUUUGUUGUUGUUGUUGUAUUGGUAAUAUGCGAAAUCUUUUCGACUUGAAGAAACUAGGCGCGCAAGGUGGUCCUGGUUAAUUUUUCAGCUUGCGCGGAAGGCGGUCUUCGGAAAUUCUUGUUUCAGCACGCGGGCAAGGUGGUAUCGGGAAAUUCUGGAAACACGGCGUUGACCGGUCAGCAUUAAAUUCCAUCCUCCAGAACCAUCUUCCUCUCUUACACUUACAUGAAAUUUUAAAGUCUCUUCUAAAUUCUGCUCUUCUAAUCUUUUAAUUUCAAGUCCCUUGAAUUGAAUGUGGCAUAAGCGGGAUUCAGAUCCGCGGUCCUAAAAACCGAAACCCAUCGCUUAUACCACUACACCACAAUGGUUUCGAGGGCAAGUUAUGUUUUUGUUUUACAUAUUUAUAGUGUCAAACCUAACAGUAAAUGAAAGCUAACCAUUUCGAUUCAGAGCUUAGCCCUAAUCACUAUUGUCAGUGCUUCUCCCUAAUCACCAUUUUCAGUGCUUAACCCUAAUCACUAUAACGUUUUUCGUGAAGUUUUAAAAUGACCUAACCUAAGAGCUUAGAAAUAAAGAUAUUACGUAUUGAACGUUAAGUCCGGUUUCCAUAUGAUCCCUACGAUCCCUGAGAAAAAAAAGGUACAGCGAUCACAGCGAUCAUAGCGAUCAUUUGGAAACCACUCUCCAACGAUCGCAGCAAUAACGAUCGCUGAGAUAGAACUUUUUCUUUCUCAGCGAUAGUUGUCGCUGCGAUCGUUGAAGAGUGGUUUCCAUAUGAUCGCUUCGAUCGCUGAAUCUUUUUUUUUCUCAGCGAUCGCAGCGAUCGUAGCGAUCAUAUGGAAACCGGGCUUUAGAAGACUUAUUUCAAAAUAAACGUCACAUCUAAGGCGGGGGCAGAUGUAGUGAGAACUAUUGCUAGUGUAAUAUUUGAAACCUAUUGAAUAGUUCAGUGAUGACAGUAGCAAACCCUAGCUUUGAAGUAAAAACGCCUGCGUGGGAGGCGAUAUUGUUACCACGUUGUGCACAUUUUUCUCGCUUGAACGUGGUGAACCCAAAGACAUCACAAAAAACAUUGCCAAAGAAGUAGAAUCCACUGCCCCUUCUUCGCUUGCCCGGUAAUUCUUAUCUCUCUUUUAAGACCAAGCCACACUGAAAGAUACUUAUAGCACUAUCGAUUUUACAUCGCGACAAAUUGUUGAUCCGUCUGACACGGCGAGUGCAUCCCCGCUUUACGUAAGUUGGGCCAACACAAACUGCACAAAAGAAGACGCAGGCAGGAUAGACUAGAUACUUGGCACAGAACAUAGUGCAAAACAAGUAACAAUUGCCUGUACACAGUAGCGCAAAAUGGCACCUAGUCGUUGUUGUUUAUUAAUAACCGGAAAAAUAAAUGUCUUACUAAUUUUCCUGUUUUUUUGUUUCUGUCUCUUUCAAUAAAAAUAUUAUUGUUAGUUGUUCCUACAAGUUGCACACCUGCUCUGAACAGCUGGAAAGGAUUGCGUUUUAAAGUCAAUAAUAGCGAAGUAUUUAAAAAAAUUCAUAUAUAUUGCUCCUCCUUUUUAUUCUUGUGAAGCCAAUUUCAAACAUCAUUCUUCAAGUAAUUAGGUCAAACUGUUUGCCGGCAGCGACAAAAUAAUUCUUUCAUUCGUCCAAUUAAAGCUGCUUAAUAAAUAUGUUAAUAUUUAUUUUAGUGAAGAUUGUCUUUAGAAAAGGCAACGUGUAUUAUCAGGGAAGCCAAUCGAAUCUGACCCAAUCGUACUUUAAACCUCUUGGUACAAUUUCCCUAUGGCUUCCAAGUUUUGCACUUAUACGUUACAAAUUCUAUCAAAACUUGUCCAGUUUCACUCAGCUUUUAUGCUGGCUUGCUGCUGUAUUUUAAACCUGGUAUUUUCUGUUGUGGCUGUUCUUGGAAAUCUUUUAGUUAUUCACGCCUUAUGGAAAUCAUCAUCGAUACCGGCCACAGUGAAGAAGUUGUUCCUGAGUCUCGCUCUCUCGGAUCUUGCGGUAGGAAUGUUGCCGCAAUUGAUGUUAGGCGUUAAUAUCGCAGUGAUGUUAUCGAAGACAUCGAAUGGUGACAGUAACUUUGCCUCGUUUUGCCCAGUAAUUGUAACUGCGUGCUAUUUCUUCGCUUUUUUCCUCUGUUCCGCAUCUUUUUUUACUAUUGCAGCUGUUGCAGUUGACAGACUUCUCGCAAUUUUGUUGCACUUACGAUAUCGCGAACUCGUAACAUCAAAACGUGUCAAUGUCGCGCUGAUUAUGAUUUGGUUAACAAGUGGUGUCGCUGCCUCAGUAUCCAUUUUAUUCACCGUAGCCAACAUGAUCAUCGUUACUGUUCAAUUUAUUUUACUUCUAUCAACAACUGUGGCGUAUAUGCGUAUCUAUAAAGUUGUGAGAUAUCAUCGCAUUCAAAUACGAAGUCAACUUCAGCUGCAAAACUUUGAAGUAGAGGAUUUACAUCGUCAAAAGAAAUCCGCUUGGAAUGCUUUAAUCGUUUAUGUAACAUUCCUGUUUUGUUAUCUUCCAUUUUAUGUCUCUGUAUUAUUUGUGCUCAUUGAUACGGAAGGGAUGUCGCCAUUGAUAGCUAAUUAUGCCACGUUCCUUAUUAUUUUCUUGAAUUCAUCUUUGAACCCUUUAGUUUACUGUUGGCGUUAUCGAGAAAUUCGCAAUAUUGUAAGAAGUAGUUUGAAAAAAGUAAUUCACUUGAGUGAAGAUAGGGCAUAGACGACCAGUCGUUUCGCUAUUGCAUUAUCGCCCCAUGUAAGGGAAUCGCGAGUCAGGAAUCUGGGAAAACUUUUUGCUUGUGGAAUCCGGAAUUCAGCAAUGUUUUGCUGUGAAAUCUGCAAUACAGGACAAGGAAUACGGAAUCCCACUAACCAUUGCAAUCCGUAAUCCAAGUUCCACUUACAGAAAGUCUGGAAUUUGGAUUCCGGAUCCGGGAUCCACGACGUGGAAUCUAGAAUCUAAAACUGCCUUGUAUUCCCUUACAUGAAACGAACCUUAAAUUAAUACCGCCACAGAAAACCUAACUUUUCUUUAGUUGAAGUAUGAUUUAGGAGCGUAGCAAGACAUCAUGACAAGAAAAGGUUUUAACAGCUUUGUAUAGUUCGUAUAAUAUAUAACGUCUUGGCGUCCGGGUCUAAUCUACGAGGCCAUGGUUAGGAAAAUAAAGGAAAAAGAAUGCUGCCGACAAAAUUAAGUGAAUAAAUAUCUAUGAUAGAGAAGAAUAAGAGUUAAAACAAAAUAAAAGAAACUGCGAAUUGUAAAGAAGAAUUGCUUCAUCUUGCUGUUUCAUUACAGACAAUAACACAGCAGAAAAAGUGGAUAAAUGUCUAGAAAUAAAAAUAGAUGAAUUUAAACUCAGCUAUGAGGAGUCAUGAUAAGUUUUACUCCCAUUGCGAUGGACUACCAAUCUUCAUACGAGUUCGGCCUCAGCUUCUAAGAUACGGAAGGGAAGUGUCCUGAGAUUUGUUGGUAUCUCCUUCCAUAGAAUUGCACGAAUUCUUGAAAACCAUUUCUUUGGAAAUAUGUUUAUGUCUUGGAUUUUGGAGACCGAGGAUCGAGUAUUGUAGCAUUUUUUUUCGCGGUAGGGAAAAAUCCCUUCUUAAGAUUAGCGUGGAAAAGGACAUUACUUUUAUCCCACAUUGUCUCAGCGAGCAGUUUAUUGUGCAAAGAGUCAAAAGGUAAAAUCUGAAAAUGCUAAAAAAAUAAUGGGAUUUCGUAUUUAUUUUCCCGAGAAUCAAAAGCUAAAUAAAAGUGGUUUUUUCGCUUGUCUUCAUGCAAUUAGCUCAUAGCGCAAAUAGGAAGUGGUAAGUGAGUUUCCAGUGUUUAUUAGUGUCUAGUGCGGAACAAAAUGGCGUAAGUUUGAUAAAGACGCUAACGUUUAACUGAAUUUUUAACUGCAGGUGCACUAUGUGUCGUAUUCUUUACCUUUUUUUUUACUUUUACUUCAAUAUAUGUAUUUUUUUCUAAUGAGAAUAGAGCAUUUUAGUAUCGUCAGCGAACAGAUAACAAUUUAACUUAUCAAGAGCCAUAAUCUAUGGCUCUUGAACUUAUUUGAAAUAGGUCACAUGUCAUUGACAUAGAGAAGAAAUAACGGUGCCAAUACAAAACCGUCAGAAGCCUCACAGAUAGCGGUUGUUCUUCCAGAAGGCAUUUGCCGAACUACUGUCACUUGUGUUCUCCCCGUUAAACGGAAUUCAAGCCAUUCUUGUUGUUUCCUCCCAAAAACCAUAAAUACCCAACAAAAAAGUCCCUAUGUGCAUAUUUUAUUGGAUUGCCUUAAUUAUUUCACGGAUCGUGUGUUCCGUUAAAUGACCUUGCCAAAAGCCAUAUUAAUGUACACUUGAGAUACGCGGCCAAGGUUAAUGGACUUAUUGAAGGUAUUUGCAGCGACAUCUCUUAUAAAAUUGCUUGGUUGGAGUAUUAAAAAGCCGUGUGAUUUAUUAUUUAAGGUAAAAAAUGGUGUCGUGGGUGACUGGUUUUUGUCAUGACAUUCAACAGGGAAGUGCAUUUCUAGGUUUUGGCAGCUGUUGUGCUAAAUUAAGUCAUAUACUAGAAAAACUCUGAUUCGUAGAUAUUUGCAAUGUGUGAAAUACUACCAUUGCUGUUUAGCUGUUUUAAAGUAGUUUAAAAUAAAUCAACAUCAAAUAAAUCAAAAGAGUUUGUGCUCCACCAUUGAAAGCUUGAUUUUCUUCGCGAAGACAACCCGUUAUGGUGCUCUCCAAAUCACCAAGGUUAGUCGCCUGUUUCCAAAGGAUAGAGCAGGCUGGAUCCUAGGAUCCAAUAAUGCGCAAAGAGGGAUACGCACGAAAUGUUGAAUAAUUAUAGCAUCGGUGCUGCAUAAAAUUUUUGUCCUUGAAUGUGAACAAGAGAGGAUAAAGGGGACAGAGAAGG